CCAGGAUGAUCCCCUUUGGAGGAGGGAAGAGGGCCGGGGAUGGGGGGCCCCCAGAGGAGAGUGCAGCCAAGGAGAUGGAGCACAAGAAGGCCAAAGGCCCCCACCGAUCUGGCCCUGGGAGGCCUCGGCGGGCAGAGAAGCUGGGAUGGCGCCGCCUUGCACCCAGGGCUGGGAGAAAGCCCAGGAAGGGCGAUGCCACAAGUGCAUUGUGGAGGAGGGAAGGGGGGCCACAAUGCCCCUGCUGCAGCUGGAUUCCCCGAAGAAAGGGGGAAAGGGGGGCGGGCCUGCUUGCGCAGAACCUUUGGUGGUGCCACUGAGACACGAACUGGGGUAGGGUUGAGCAAAGUGCUCCCAGCCUUGAGCAGGGGCCUCUUGAAGGAGCUGGAGAGGUUGGCGCAGCCUCAGUUUCCCCAGGGAAAUGCCCUGCCCGGCCCCACGGUUCCUCCCCCUGGCAGCUGGCUGCCCCUCCCUGCUCCUGGCGGCUGGCCGGGCCGGGCUUUCCGGUUACCCAGUAAACCUGUUGCUCGGGUUCCCGGCCCACCUCUCCUUGCCCCUCCCUCCCCCACCCCCUCCCUCCGCCCUGUGCCUGCUGCCCGCCUGCCGCCCUGA